AGCAUAGGUACGUGACUUCGAUUCAGCUAACAAAGUUGCUCAAUCUACAUUGAAUUCGUACAUAGUUACCGAAUAACAAAAUCUGCUACCAAACAGCCUAUAACUAUAUACGUAUAUCUGAGCGGUUCCCUAACAAGCUGCUCAGUCGUAUUAUUGCUUCGAGAUAUAUCAUCAUCCAAAAAUCAUCCAUAUCCACUACAUGUCUUUCCAUCUUCAAUGUGGCUCUUGUAAUCGAUACCAGAGCAAACUAAAAUAUGAAUUCACUCAUCCAACAUUUGUGUAGGGCUAUACGUAAACCGGAAACGGUGAAACGAUACCGAGAUGCCGGGAUUGGGUUGGCGUUUAUUGUGUUGAGCCAGCUCCUGGUUUUUCCUGUUCAGAUCGCCCUUGAUCUAAACUCUAUCAACCUUCCUGCCUCUAUCCUGGUGAUGCUUCUCCUCUCCUCUUCUAUGAUCAUCGCCAACUACAUCCACGGAGGAACCGAGAAAUUAUACAUGAAGUAUCUGUGCGGGCCGACGAACUUCCUUGGCCGGCAUAUGUCUUUCGGUUUUGUAGCAUCUUUCCUAUUGCUUAACAGAGACCACAUAUCUGAUCCUAUGGACGUCCCUAGGAUUAUUGGUAGUUUUGUUACUAUUACCGUUGCGGGUUAUAUCAGCUCCUACUUGAUUGCGUUAGGCAUUUACAAGCUAGAGCUGCGACUGCGAAGUAUGCGAAAGAGAGUUCCCGAUAUCGAAAACGGCCAUAGGCCGUGGCCUAGCCCCUCCGCCGCGUGGCCGGCACCGCCAACAGAUAGGAAUGCUAUCAGACUUGAUCGAUUACCUCAGAUAAGUGAGGUAGCUGUAUCGAACGAUGGUUCUUGGAUGACGACUAAAGCAGCCAAAGGGGGCAGGGCCUAUCAAUUGGUGGAGCAGUUUGUACGUACAGGUCCGCUAUGGAUUUGUAUGUUCUUGAUUGCCGUUGUCGGACUUCCGGUAUAUUUUGCAACCGACUACGAAGCGCCGUUUGAGGCUCUUUUCUUUACCCUAUUCUGGACCUCAUCCGUCCAGCUCCAGAGGUCAUUGAAAAGCUCAUACAGUCUCCUGCGGCAUCCGCGCCUGCGAUCCAUUGUGGUUAUCUUUGCGAACCCGGUGUUGGUGACCUGGGGGAUUGGAACAGCCUAUCUCUGGAUUAAAACCGCCUAUAGAGAACAAAGUAUCGAUAUCACGGUCACCGAAUUCCGCCAGCACCGUACGUUGUCAGCAGGCAUACUUGCCAUUACAGAGGGCGGGAAGCUAUCGAGCAACAUUGGUGCUGGGGAUCUGUCCGGGCCGAUUCUGGACGCAGGCAUUAUCUGUAUGGGAUUUAAGAUGUUUGAGUACCGAAAAGAGCUAUGGAAAAGCUUGCACACGGUGUUAAUUACGUGCGCACUACUUUCUGUGGCGAACAUUUUUCUGAACGUUAUGCUCGCCCGCGCGUUGGGCUUACAACCCGCCGACGCGCUUGCUUUUGCUGCUCGAUCCGUUACCAUUGCUCUUGGGGUGCCAGCGGUUGGUAAUCUAGGGGGCAGCACCGUGCUGAUGAGUGCGCUCGUUAUUUUCGGUGGGAUUAUCUUCCAGAUGGGCGGGGAUUGGUUAUUCUCACUCUUCAAAAUCAACGACCGUGAGGGUCACGACGCCGCUAGAAAUAGUACUACCGCAUCUGUGGGGUCUACGGAGGCGUACGAUGACAAUGAGACACAAAGGCGGAGUGCUAAGAUGGACAAUGCGGUUGUUGCAGCCGGUGUAACUGUAGGUAUCAAUGCGGCAGCCAUGGGCACGGCGCAUCUAAUUGAACGGGAUUCGAGGGCUACCGCAUAUUCCGCAUUAUCAAUGACGGUAUUUGGAGCCAUGACAGUUGCACUUACGGCGAUUCCAAUUGUCUCAGACACUAUAGAAUCAUUAGCAAUAAGAUAAGGUAAAAACCUUUUAAUUUUCGUUUAAUUUUCAAUCUCCUUUCAAUUUUUAUUUUUAUUUUUCUCUUCUUUUAUAUGUGGCUCUAGUUGCCUGUGAUCACGAUGGUGGACAAGCUAUGAGACUUUGAAGUUACAUUGGGUUUCUGGCAUAGCGAACAUUACCACCUCCUUAGGUAGGUCACGAUAGACGUACGAGAGGAUCAUACUUGGAAUUUGAGCGUUUUGCUUUUUAGAAAUUAUAUAAAUAUAAAG